AUGGAUGAGAAGCCAACACCGCGGGAUAGCGACAUCCCAGGAGGCUUCCCUGAAACACCAAGUCUUGCACCCGCGAGCGGCCGUGUUACCCCCAUGGGGUUUUCUGCCUCAAACGGCGAUACCUACAACUCUGAAGCCCCUGGUUUUAGUUCUACACAAAGUCGUGUCUCGAACUUUCAGACCACAACCACUUCGACUGUACGCCGUAACUCAUCAUCUACUACUUUCACGGCCUCCGGCAAUAGCAAUGGCAACGGCAAUGACGACGGCACAAUCGCUGCGACCAGUCGUAAAGGCUCGAGUGGCACAAGUGGGACUCUACCGAAGCAACGAGAAGUUGAUGAUCGAUCAACGUCGACGUCAACGUAUUCAAAUGAAGAGUUACCAGCAAACGAUAACGCCCAUUUUGCACCCCUCAAGACCAACACGAGCAAUGUGACGAAGCCUGGAACCCAAAGACGAAGCAAUACCCUCACGGAGGAUGAGCUCUUCCGGGCCCUUUCUAGACGACGCACGAAUGCGACUGAUAAAUCCGAUGCAGACCAGGAGGAGGAGAGUCAAGAGGUCGAACGUCUCAUGUCGAGAAUCUUCGGUCGUGCCCGUCAAGAACAGAGCGAAGAGGAGAAGACAAGACAUAGUGGUGUCGUAUUCCGCGACCUCACCGUUAAAGGAGUCGGCCUUGGUGCGAGUCUUCAACCCACGGUGGGCGACAUAUUUCUUGGGUUCCCGAGAAAGCUUAAGCUCCUCUUCAAACGUGGACCUAAAGCUGCUUUUGCCAAGCCUCCUGUUCGAGAGCUCAUAAGCCACUUUGAUGGCUGUGUACGGCCCGGGGAGCUCCUCCUUGUACUGGGGCGUCCUGGGUCAGGAUGCAGUACAUUUCUCAAAGCAUUUUGCAACCAGCGGGCAGGGUUUGAGGCAGUCGAAGGUGAAGUAACUUAUGGCGGUGUAGGCUCUGAGGAAAUGAGCAAGAAGUUCCGCGGAGAGAUCAUCUAUAACCCUGAAGAUGAUUUGCAUUACCCGACCUUGACCGUAGAGAGAACUCUCAAGUUCGCGCUUCAGACUCGCACGCCCGGAAAGGAAUCGAGGCUCGAAGGCGAAAGUCGUCAGGACUACAUUCGGGAGUUUAUGCGAGUCGCUACAAAACUUUUUUGGAUUGAGCACACACUCGGCACUAAGGUCGGUAAUGAAUUUGUUCGAGGUGUUUCUGGUGGUGAGAGGAAGCGUGUUAGCAUCGCUGAGGCCAUGGUCACUCGUGCCUCUGUUCAGGGAUGGGACAACUCCAGCAAAGGACUCGAUGCCAGCACCGCAGUCGAGUAUGUACGCUCCAUCCGUGCCAUGACCAACAUGGCUGAGACAUCGACUGCCGUUUCUCUUUACCAGGCUGGCGAAUCCCUUUACGAUCUCGUCGACAAGGUUUUGCUCAUUGACUCGGGCAAAUGCCUUUACUAUGGCCCUUCCGAGGCAGCGAAGCAGUAUUUCAUCGAUCUAGGCUUCAAGUGCCCUGAUCGAUGGACAACGGCCGACUUCUUGACUUCCGUAACAGAUGAGCACGAACGACACAUUCGCGAGGGAUGGGAAAAUCGUAUCCCUAGGACCCCCGAGGAAUUUGAUUCAGCAUACAGGAACAGUGAGGCAUACCGUAAAAACCUUCAGGAUAUCGAAGAUUUUGAGGCCCAGCUUUCACAGCAAAUUGAACAGCGCCGCCAAAACGAGUCUGAAAAGACUAAGAGCAAGAAUUACGAGAUUCCCUUCCAUAAGCAAGUCGUUGCUUGCACAAAACGCCAAUUCAUGGUAAUGGCUGGUGACCGCGCUUCCCUCUUUGGUAAAUGGGGUGGUUUGGUUUUCCAGGGCCUCAUCGUUGGCAGUUUGUUCUUCAACCUCCCCAACACCGCUGCCGGUGCAUUCCCUCGCGGAGGCACCCUGUUCUUCCUCCUACUUUUUAACGCUUUGCUUGCGCUGGCGGAACAAACAGCAGCAUUUGAGUCAAAACCUAUCCUGCUCAAGCACAAAUCUUUCUCUUUCUACAGGCCUGCAGCAUUCGCCAUAGCUCAGACUGCGGUUGAUGUACCACUGGUGUUUAUCCAAGUCGUCCUGUUCAACGUCAUUAUCUACUGGAUGUCAAAUCUUGCGCGAACAGCGUCUCAAUUCUUUAUCGCCACUCUUAUUCUUUGGCUUGUCACUAUGGUCACUUACGCAUUCUUCCGUGCGAUAUCUGCUUGGUGCAAGACUCUUGAUGAUGCCACUCGAUUUACCGGUGUAGCUGUUCAGAUCUUGGUUGUCUACACAGGCUACCUGAUUCCACCGGAUUCAAUGCGACCCUGGUUCGGAUGGCUGCGGUGGAUCAAUUGGAUUCAGUACGGAUUUGAGUGUCUCAUGUCGAACGAAUUCUACAACCUCGAGAUCGAAUGCGUACCGCCUUAUUUGAUUCCUCAAGGCCCGAAUGCCACUCCGGAAUACCAAGGCUGUGCUCUUGCUGGUAGUCCACUGGGGCAGACGAUUGUCCCCGGCUCAAGCUAUAUCGAGGCAUCGUUCACAUACAGUCGAUCUCACCUCUGGCGUAACUUUGGCUUCCUCUGGGCCUUUUUUAUCUUCUUUGUGGUUCUCACUGCCUUGGGUAUGGAACACAUGAAGCCGAACACAGGCGGCGGUGCUAUUACGGUUUUCAAGCGCGGCCAGGUCCCGAAGAAGGUGGAAAACAAUAUCGCGACGGGUGGUCGAGAGAAGAAGGCGGACGAAGAGUCCGGCGCUGUCAACAGCUCGCAGACCGUUUCAGACGAUACUGCAGCGAAUGAGAAGAGCGGCGAUGACACGGUGAAUCAGGUGGCUCGCAACGAAACGGUGUUCACGUUCCGCAACGUAAACUACACGAUUCCAUUUGAGAAUGGCCAACGUAAUUUGUUAUCCGACGUGCAGGGAUACGUAAGACCCGGAAAACUGACUGCUCUCAUGGGUGCUUCUGGUGCCGGCAAGACGACGUUGCUGAACGCUCUGGCUCAACGCCUAACAUUUGGAAAAGUCACUGGCGAUUUCUUAGUGGAUGGUCGUCCACUGCCAAAAUCAUUCCAAAGAGCGACAGGUUUCGCCGAACAGAUGGAUAUCCAUGAGCCAACAGCAACUGUGCGGGAGGCCCUUCAGUUUUCAGCGCUCCUGAGGCAGCCACGGGAGGUAUCCAAGAAGGAGAAGUACGAGUAUUGUGAAACCAUCAUCGACCUCCUCGAGAUGCGCGACAUCGCCGGAGCAACAAUCGGAAAGGUGGGCGAGGGUCUCAACGCCGAGCAGCGAAAGAGACUUACCAUUGGAGUGGAGUUGGCAUCCAAGCCCGAACUGCUCAUGUUCCUGGACGAGCCUACUUCUGGUCUUGACUCGGGCGCCGCUUUCAACAUCGUUCGGUUCCUUCGCAAACUAGCCGAUGCCGGUCAGGCCGUCCUUUGCACCAUUCACCAGCCAUCUGCAGUCCUGUUUGAGAAUUUUGACGAGCUUCUCCUGCUCAAGUCCGGCGGCCGAGUCGCCUAUCACGGUCCACUGGGCCAUGACAGCCAAGAACUAAUCCAGUACUUUGAGUCCAACGGCGCCCACAAAUGUCCUCCUAACAGUAACCCUGCCGAGUAUAUGCUUGAAGCGAUCGGAGCUGGCGACCCCAAUUACCAUGGCAAGGACUGGGCGGAUGUUUGGGCGCAAUCGAAGAACAGGGAGGCGAGGUCUCGAGAAAUCGAUGAGAUGCUGGCUAAAAGACGGGAUGUCGAGCCCUCCAAGAGCCUCAAGGACGAUCGCGAGUACGCCAUGCCGCUGUCCGUUCAGACUAUGGCGGUGGUGAAGCGGUCCUUCGUCGCGUACUGGCGUACACCCAAUUACAUCGUCGGCAAGUUCAUGCUUCAUAUCCUCACGGGUCUGUUCAACUGCUUUACCUUCUACAAGAUCGGCUUCGCAUCCAUCGACUACCAAAACCGGCUCUUCUCCAUCUUCAUGACACUCACCAUCAGCCCCCCUCUCAUUCAGCAACUCCAGCCGGUGUUCCUGCACUCGCGUCAAAUCUUCCAGUGGCGCGAGAACAAUGCCAAGAUCUACAGUUGGUUCGCCUGGACAACGGCCGCUGUGCUCGCGGAAAUUCCCUACGCCAUUGUUGCCGGCGGCAUCUACUUCAACUGCUGGUGGUGGGGAGUCUUUGGAUGGCGCGCCGCCAGCUUCACUUCCGGUUUCGCUUUUCUCCUAGUGAUACUUUUCGAGCUCUACUACGUCAGCUUUGGUCAAGCCAUCGCAGCAUUCGCCCCGAAUGAGCUGCUUGCCUCGCUACUGGUCCCCAUCUUCUUCCUCUUCGUCGUCAGCUUCUGCGGAGUCGUCGUGCCGCCGAUGCAGCUGCCUACCUUCUGGAGAAGCUGGAUGUAUUGGCUGACGCCGUUUCACUACCUGCUGGAGGCGUUCCUUGGUGCCGCCAUCCACAAGCAGCCCGUUGAAUGUGAGGCCGGCGAGUUCGCUAGGUUCCAGCCGCCGCCUGACCAGUCAUGCGACGAGUAUGUGCAGCCGUAUAUCGCUCAGGCUGGCGGAUAUGUCCGGACCGGGGAAGGCGGCAUCUGUGAAUUCUGCCAAUACGCCACCGGCGAUGAGUUUGGCGCGGGCUUCAGUGUUUACUACCGGAACAUCUGGCGGGACUUUGGCAUCUUUUGCGGGUUUAUUCUCUUCAACUAUUUUGUUGUUUACCUCGGUACUUGGUUGCGGUUCAAAGGGAAGAAUCCUCUAAAAGGCAUCAUGGCGAAGAAGAAGGGAGGCGGAUAG